UCGAAUAGUCAUCAGUUCAACGUUUUCUUGCAAACGAUCUGUGGUGUUGCGUGAGUGCGUGUCCUUGUUGCUCGAUUGUGAUUUAAAAAGUAAUAAAAACCCCAUUUAACAGCCAAAAGAUGAAGUACUUCAUUGCUAUUGCUUUACUGAUUGCUGCCGCUCAAGCCAUUCCAAUUGAAUUGGGACACUAUGGCCAUGGACCUCUGCUACAUGCCGCCCCUGUGAUUGCACACGCCCCCAUUGCUGUACAUGCACCUGAGCCAGUGGCCUACCCUAAAUACUCGUUCAACUAUGGCAUCAAGGAUCCCCACACUGGUGAUAUUAAAUCUCAAACCGAAGAACGUGAUGGUGAUGUAGUCAAGGGCCAAUACUCGUUGGUUGAAGCUGAUGGCUCAGUGCGUACCGUAGACUAUACCGCCGAUGAUCACAAUGGCUUCAAUGCCGUUGUCCACAAGACCGCACCCAAGAUUGUUGCUGCUCCCGUUCAUGCCAUUCACGCUGCUCCCGUUUAUGCACAUGCUCCCGCUCCUUUGUUGCACCAUUAUUAAGGGGCAUUGGCAGACGUGAUGCCUACAGCAAACUAAGGAUAGCGAGAUAAGUUGUCAGGGACGAAGGGAUAAACACGCCGAAGAAGAUGAAGAUGAAGAUUUUUUCCACAAAAAUCAUGGUAGCAAGUAAUGCGGUUAAGGUUAAGAAACAGAAGGCAAAUGAUAUGAUAAUGAGCUGGAUUACGGUAUGGCCUAGAAUUUAUGAAUCCUCUUUUUAAAAGAUUUAAUAUAACAAAAAAGAAAAUGAAAGAAAAAUAUGUAUUUAAGUUUUAAGGAAUUUUCUCAGCGAGAAAAUUAUCCGCCCGAAAGAUCAAACAUCAAGGCAAGCGAAUUAGAAAAUACACAGGUUUUCUGCGAAAAAUCUACAUUUUAUAAGUUAACAGACAAGAAUGAAACAAGCAUCUUAGAAAGAACAUCCCAUUAAGUUAAUCAUUGCAACUCAAACACUUUUACGCUUUCUCUUUUCACUUUCAAACACCGACUUUGAGAUGAAACCAGCCAAAAUGGAGGGAGCCACUACGGGCAAAGGAAUAUGCGGGCAUUUGGCCUAACGCCUUGUAGACUUUUUGUUGCCACCGCCGCUGAGUUGACAAAGAAAACCACCGUCUUUAUUUUAUUGUUCUCAAUACUCAUAGUCUAUCGUUACUUUAAUUUUAUUUCACUUUUGUAAAUAAUUUAUUUAUUAUCUCUCAUACUAUCUAGUGAACUUUGUUGCUUGGUUGGUGGCCCAACAAAAUCUUUGCAAGGCAUUGAGGCUAAACAUUUUAAAAUUCCGCAUGGAGUAAAGCGAAACAAUAUUUCGAGACAGUCAUUGAAAUUUGUUGUGUUUAAGGCUUUGCAUAAUAUUUAUGCAGAAGCCGAAAGAAUCUCGAAGUGCCAUUUUGACAAUGAAGAAUUAUGAAGCGAGUGCUCCUCCAGUUCCUUCCAUUUUGUGAACAACUGUGCUGGUCUUAAGAAUUACUCUGUGCUUAGCUGCUACUCUCUCUCUCUCUAUCUCUCGCCCAGCUAGCUACUGUUGAUCUAUCAUUUUACCUAUAGAAAUUCUCAAAACUCAUUGUAAUUUAGAAUUUAUUUGUAUCACUCUGACAAGUUGAACUCAGUCUUAAAUGCUUUCUUUAGCUCUCUCCCAACUCGAUUUCAUCAUGUCAUCUGUUUUCCUGCUGUAAUCUCCUGUGUGAUUUUACGCUUCCCUUUCAUGGGUCUCUAGUGAUCUACCUUUUGACUCUCUUUUUGAACAAUUGCUGGUAUUUCAAUGCAUUAGAGAGUCUACUUUAACUCCAUUACAUGUCUCCUGCUCGCCCCCUAUUUAUCAUUCUCUCAUUUUUUUUAUGUAUGUAAAUAUUUUUAAUGAUUAAUCUCCACAAAUC